AUGACCGGACCCACGAAAAUCAGCAUCCUGGGCCAGGAGAGUAUAGUCGCUGACUUCGGUCUCUGGCGCAACUAUGUCGCCAAAGACCUGAUUAGCGGCUGUCCCUCUACAACCUACGUCCUGAUCACCGACACGAAUAUCGGAUCGAUCUACACCCCUGGCUUCCAGAAGUCCUUCGAAGAGGCCGCCGCCUCGGUCUCUCCCUCUCCCCGCCUGUUGAUCUACAAUGCUCCUCCAGGAGAAGUUUCCAAGUCGAGACAGACAAAAGCAGAUAUUGAGGAUUGGAUGUUGAGUCAGAGCCCGCCAUGCGGCCGAGAUACUGUGGUUAUUGCGCUGGGUGGAGGGGUCAUUGGAGACUUGACAGGUUUCGUCGCUGCGACCUAUAUGCGCGGUGUUCGCUUCGUACAGGUUCCUACUACGCUUCUGGCUAUGGUGGACUCCUCGAUCGGUGGAAAGACGGCUAUUGAUACCCCCUUGGGAAAGAACUUGAUCGGCGCGAUUUGGCAACCGUCAAGGAUCUACAUCGACCUGGAAUUCUUGGAGACUCUUCCCGUCAGGGAGUUCAUCAACGGUAUGGCUGAGGUUAUCAAGACAGCCGCCAUCUCUAGCGAAGAAGAAUUCACCGCUCUCGAAGACAAUGCCGAAACUAUUUUGAGCGCUGUUCGCCGUGAGGUUAAGCCGGGUCAGCGGCGAUUCGAGGGGAUCGAGGAGAUUCUGAAGGCGAGAAUCCUUGCGUCGGCGCGUCACAAGGCCUUUGUCGUUUCGGCGGACGAGCGUGAAGGAGGUCUGCGCAACCUUCUGAACUGGGGUCACUCGAUCGGUCACGCUAUUGAGGCUAUUCUGACUCCUCAAAUCCUCCAUGGAGAGUGCGUUGCCAUUGGUAUGGUCAAGGAAGCGGAGUUGGCCAGACAUCUUGGUAUCUUGAAGGGCGUUGCCGUGGCCCGCAUUGUCAAGUGUAUUGCCGCCUACGGCUUGCCUACAUCUUUGAAGGACUCGCGAAUUCGCAAGCUGACCGCCGGUAAGCACUGCUCUGUUGACCAGAUUCUUUUUAACAUGGCCUUGGACAAGAAGAACGACGGUCCCAAGAAGAAAAUCGUUCUCCUGUCAGCCAUCGGUCGCACUUACGAACCACGGGCUAGCGUUGUGCCGAAUGAGGAUAUUGGCGUCGUUCUUGCCCCUAGUAUUGAAGUGUACCCUGGCGUAUCACCGGCCUCGGAAGUGGUUUGUGCGCCUCCGGGCUCGAAGAGUAUCUCCAACCGAGCUCUGGUACUUGCCGCUCUCGGUUCGGGCACUGUCCGUAUCAAGAACCUGCUGCAUUCCGAUGACACCGAGGUCAUGCUGAACGCCUUGGAGCGCCUUGGCGCUGCCACCUUCUCCUGGGAAGAGGAAGGCGAAGUCCUUGUUGUCAAUGGCAAAGGAGGUGCUCUUCAAGCUCACCCUUCUCCGCUCUACCUGGGCAACGCGGGUACAGCAUCGCGUUUCUUGACCACUGUCGCAACCCUUGCCACUGCCAGCAGCGUCGACUCAAGCGUUCUUACCGGCAACAACCGCAUGAAGCAGAGACCUAUUGGCGACUUGGUGGAUGCCCUGACCGCAAAUGGUGCGCAGAUUGAGUACGUCGAGAACAAGGGCAGUCUGCCGCUCAAGAUCGCCGCCUCAGGCGGGUUCACCGGUGGCCAAAUCAACCUCGCCGCCAAAGUGUCGUCUCAAUAUGUGUCCUCCCUGCUCAUGUGCGCCCCAUACGCUAAGGAGCCUGUGACCUUGAAACUGGUGGGCGGUAAGCCCAUCUCGCAGCCUUACAUUGACAUGACGACGGCUAUGAUGAGAUCUUUCGGCAUUGAUGUGAAGAAAUCUACCACUGAGGAGCAUACCUAUCACAUCCCUCAGGGACGUUACAUCAACCCUGCAGAGUACGUUGUGGAGAGCGACGCCAGCUCCGCCACCUACCCCUUGGCGAUUGCCGCAGUCACCGGCACCACGUGCACUAUUCCGAACAUUGGAUCCAAGUCUCUUCAAGGCGACGCUCGUUUCGCCGUUGAUGUUCUGAGACCCAUGGGUUGCACUGUGGAACAGACCGACACCUCGACCACCGUUACCGGUCCCGCCGACGGUGUCUUGCGGCCUUUGCCCAACGUCGAUAUGGAGCCUAUGACUGAUGCAUUCCUUGGGGCGUCGGUUCUUGCGGCCAUUGCCAGAGGCAAGGACUCGAACCACACAACUCGCAUCUAUGGUAUCGCGAACCAGCGUGUCAAAGAAUGUAAUCGCAUUAAGGCCAUGCACGACGAGCUUGCCAAGUUUGGUGUCGUCUGUCGGGAACACGAUGAUGGACUUGAGAUCGACGGCAUUGACCGUUCCACCCUUCGGCAGCCGGCCGGCGGCGUUUUCUGCUACGAUGACCACCGAGUUGCGUUCAGCUUCAGCGUUCUUUCUCUCGUUGCCCCUAAGCCUACGCUGAUUCUGGAAAAAGAGUGUGUGGGUAAGACAUGGCCCGGCUGGUGGGAUACUCUGCGACAGAAAUUCGCCGUCAAGCUCGAGGGCAAGGAGCUGAAGGAAGCCGAAUCUCCCGUUCUCACCCGUGCCGAAAAGGCAAGUGCGUCGGUGUUCAUUAUCGGUAUGCGUGGUGCUGGAAAGACCACAAGUGGAAACUGGGUUGCGUCUACGCUCAAGCGACCCUUCAUUGAUCUCGACGACGAACUCGAACGCAUAGAAGGCAUGACCAUUCCGGACAUCAUCAAGCAGCGUGGCUGGCAAGGUUUCCGAGAUGCCGAGCUUAGUCUUCUGCAGCGAACGAUGAAGGAGCGCCCGACCGGUCAUGUUUUCGCAUGCGGCGGAGGAGUAGUAGAGAUUCCUGAAGCGAGAAAGCUGCUUAUCGAUUGGCACAAAACCAAAGGAAAUGUUCUGCUUAUCAUGCGCGACAUCAAGCAGGUGAUGGCAUUCUUGAACAUCGAUAAGACCCGCCCGGCUUACGUUGAGGAUAUGCUGGGAGUGUGGCUGCGCCGCAAGCCAUGGUUCCAGGAGUGCAGCAAUAUUCAGUACUACAGUCAGCACGCCAGCGCAGGACUUCCCCGGGCCUCUGAAGACUUUGCGCGUUUCAUCAAGUUUGUCACAGGACUAGAGGACAGCCUCAGUACCAUCAAGAAGAAGCAGCAUUCGUUCUUCGUGUCGCUGACUCUUCCUGACGUGCGUGGUGCGGAUCAGAUCUUGGAGCAAGCAUGUGUGGGCUCUGAUGCUGUUGAACUGCGUGUCGACCUACUGGAGGAUCCAGACUCGGCGAACGGCAUUCCGACCGUCGAUUUUGUUGCUGAUCAGAUUUCCUACCUGCGCAGCCGUAUUACACUGCCCGUGAUCUUCACCAUUCGCACGAAGGGACAGGGUGGUCGGUUCCCCGACGAUGCUCAUGCGGAGGCGAUGCAGCUCUACCGGCUCGCUGUCCGGUCAGGGUGCGAGUUUGUGGAUCUCGAGAUUGCUUUCCCAGAUGAGAUGCUGCGCGCGGUUACUGAAAUGAAGGGGUACUCGAAGAUCAUCACCUCGCACCACGACCCUAAGGGCGAACUUUCGUGGGCAAACAUGUCCUGGAUGAAGUACUACAACAGGGCGCUCGAGUACGGCGAUGUGAUCAAGCUUGUAGGUGUGGCUAGGAACCUCGAUGACAACACGGCUCUGAGGAAGUUCAAGAACUGGGCCGAAGAGGCUCACGACGUGCCACUGAUCGCAAUCAACAUGGGAGGCAACGGGCAGCUGAGUCGCAUCUUGAACGGAUUCAUGACACCAGUAUCGCAUCCUGCUCUCCCGUUCAGGGCUGCUCCGGGCCAGCUGUCUGCGACAGAUAUUCGCAAGGGCCUGUCACUGAUGGGCGAGAUCAAGAAGAAGCGCUUUGCCCUCUUUGGAAGCCCCAUUUCCGAGUCCCGCUCGCCGGCACUGCACAACACUCUUUUCGCCGAGAUGGGACUUCCCCAUGAGUACACCCGGUUGGAGACUGCCAAUGUCGAAGAUGUCAAGGACUUUAUCCGCGCUCCCGACUUCGGAGGAGCCUCUGUGACGAUUCCUCUGAAGCUGGAUAUCAUGCCCCUACUUGAUGAGAUUACUGCGGAGGCCGAGAUCAUUGGUGCCGUGAACACCGUCGUGCCAGUUUCCGAUGGUGAGGGCAAGCCGCAGCGGCUGGUCGGUCACAACACCGACUGGCAGGGCAUGGUCCAAUGCCUUCGUAACGCGGGCGCCUACGGAGCCGACGGCAAUGCCAGUGGUCUUGUGGUGGGUGGCGGAGGCACAUCCCGCGCUGCCAUCUACGCUCUCCACCAUAUGGGCUUCUCUCCCAUCUACAUUGUAGGACGGAACCCUGCCAAGCUGGAGAGUAUGGUCGCCACCUUCCCGACCGGCUACAACAUCCGAAUCGUCGAGGGCAACGAGAAGCUGGAGCAUGUUCCCCAUGUUGCGAUCGGCACCAUCCCCGCCGACCGGCCCAUCGAUCCCGGUAUGCGGGAGAUCCUCUGCCACAUGUUCGAACGUGCCCAGGAGGCAGACGCCGACGCCGCCCGGACGAUCGAGGGAUCCCCUCGCGUACUGCUGGAGAUGGCUUACAAGCCGCGGGUGACGGCGCUGAUGCAGCUUGCUGUCGAUGCAGGGUGGACUACUGUUCCUGGGUUGGAGGCCCUGAUCGGGCAAGGAGUACACCAGUUCCAACAUUGGACGGGUAUUCGCCCUCUCUACGAGCGUGCACGGGCUAUUGUCCUGGGUUGA